AAAUGAAAAAUCAAUCCCCAUUCCAUGGCUCUCUUCUUCUUCUUCUUCUUCUUCCUCCUCCUCUCGUCGUCCUCACCAGUCCACCUCCACUAGCACACAACCUCCGCCGGCCAUAUGGAGCUCUCCAGGAUGCGUACCUUGGAGAGGCGCAUCCUCCGGCCUCUCCUCCUCCUCCCCGCGCGCUCCAGGACCUUCCAAACCCUCGCCCGCUCCCCUCCUCCCCGCAUCCCCUCUCUCCUCCUCCUACUCCGCACGCGCCACCUCCCUCCUCCACGUAGCGCCUCUCUCCCGCUGCUCCGCUCCUUCGCCUCUGUCUCCCCGGGAAGGGACCUCCGCUGCAACGACGACGGCCUCCCGCCUGCGCCUCUCCCGCCGCCGCCGCCCGAGGAGCUUGCCUCCGACGACGACGCCUACUACCAGGAGCAGCUGCUCGAGUACGCCCAGGAGGACCAGACCCGCCUCGUCCCCGUCAAGGCCUACUUCCCCUGCACCAGCAUCAACCUCAAGAGCCUCCAGUCGCAGAAUUCCUUCAAUGUCAUCCCACCCACAUCACGUGCCACCAACUAUGUCGUCCUCAGAUACUAUGAUGUCAAGGGAGACCCGGAGGGUUUUAAGACUGGUGUCAUAGACGAGAGCCAUUGCCACUAUAUGGUGGUUUUCCAAUAUGGGUCCAUUGUGCUGUUCAACGUUUCUGAUCAUGAAGCAGAUGGAUACCUAAAAAUUGUUGAGAGGCAUGCUUCAGGGUUACUUCCAGAGAUGAGAAAAGAUGAUUAUGCUGUCGUUGAGAAGCCUACCUUGGAGACGUGGAUGGAGGGGGGACUUGACUUUAUUAUACUUAAGGACCUGAGUAUCGAUGGUAUUCGUACAAUUGGAAGUGUCCUUGGUCAGAGUAUUGCUCUUGACUAUUAUAUCCGACAAGUGGAUGGAAUGGUAGCUGAGUUCACGGAUAUAAAUCGUGGAAUGGAAAAAACUGGUACCUUCACUAUGGAGAGGAAAAAGCUUUUCCAGUUGGUAGGAAAGGCUAACUCUAACUUGGCAGAUGUCAUUCUUAAGCUUGGACUUUUUGAGAGGUCAGACAUAGCUUGGAAGAAUGCAAACUAUGCUCAGAUUUGGGAAUUCCUUCGAGACGAAUACGAGUUAACUCAAAGAUUUGGAAAUCUUGAUUUUAAGUUGAAGUUUGUUGAGCACAACAUCCGGUUUCUCCAGGAGAUCCUUCAGAACAGGAAGUCAGAUUUUCUGGAAUGGUUGAUCAUCAUCUUGAUUAGUGUGGAGAUCUUGAUAUCUGUUUAUAACAUUGUUCAUGAGCAAAUGUAGGUAAACAUGAGAGGAGGCAGAGUCAAGUCAGUGAGUAGCACGAAUGGAUAGUGAAAUUUUCGGUAGGAUUCCUUGUAAAGAAUGCUUGGAUCCGAUUCUACAUGCACCGAUAAAUCAUCUCAUAGUUUUAGGCUGUCC